AUGGAACAACAAUAUGUGCUGCCUCCAAAAGACUUAUUUUUUAAGCUAAUUGCCAAAGAUAUCAAUCUAAUCGUAAAGAAUUACGCAAUUCCUCGACAAGACACAUGGGAAAAUGUCUAUAGCAAAGCUACUGAAAUCACAAAUUUUCCACAGCCUAGAGAAACGUCGUUUAAUCCAAAUUUAGAAGAGCCUAAAUUGCCACCAGUAGGAAAUAGAAGUUUACUAAAAAAGAAAAAAAUCCCUAGCAAUACUUCUUUUAGGUCAAGUUCUGUGUCGAGGACAUCUAGAAGAUCAUUAUCCACAAAUAGAAAAAUAUAUGAUGCCUAUUUUUAA